AUGGCCUCGCGAGAUGCAGCCCGCCUGCUUCUGUCCCGUGUGAGGGGGCCAGCUGGGCCCAUGCUGCGAUCGUUCAGCGCUGCUGCGGGCAAGCCUGUGCACGGUCAGCGGAAGGCCCCGGUGCGCAUGACCACGGAGGAGGCUUUCGUGAAGACUCUCCAGAUGCAUGGCAUCAAGAACGCCUUUGGCAUCAUUGGCUCUGCCAUGAUGCCGAUCUCGGACCUCUUCCCGGCAGCAGGCAUCAAAUUCUGGGACUGUGCACACGAGUGCAAUGCUGGAAUGAUGGCUGAUGGCUACACACGGACAACUGGGAAGAUGUCGAUGAUGAUCGCACAGAACGGGCCGGGCAUCACCAACUUUUUGACGCCGGUGAAGACGGCCUACUGGAACCAUACUCCGCUGCUGCUGGUCACUCCGCAGGCGGCGAACAAGACCAUCGGCCAGGGUGGAUUUCAGGAGGUGGAGCAGAUGAACAUGUUCAAGGACUGCGUUUGCUACCAGGAGGAGGUGCGAGACCAUACCCGUAUCAUCGAGGUGCUGAAUCGUGUGAUCGAGAAGGCGCUGCACUGCAGCGCCCCGGCGCAGAUCAACAUCCCCCGAGACUACUGGACUCAGGUGGUGGAGCUGCCUUUGCCCACGGGCGUGAAGCUGGAGCGCACCGGCGGUGGCAAGGAGUCCACCAAGCGCGCCGCGGAGAUCCUCUCCCAGGCCAAGUUCCCCGUCAUCCUCAACGGCGCAGGUGUCAUCCUCUCUGGAGCUUCAGAGCAGUCUGUGAAGCUGGCAGAGCGCUUGGGCGCGCCUGUUUGCUGCAACUACCAGCACAACGACGCCUUUCCAGGUGACCAUCCGCUGCACAUGGGGCCUUUGGGCUACAACGGAUCCAAGGCAGCCAUGGAAAUGAUGUCCAAGGCGGACGUGGUUCUGGCACUGGGCACCAGGCUGAACCCCUUUUCCACUUUGCCGUGCUACGGCAUUGAGUACUGGCCGAAGGAUGCCAAGCUGAUCCAGGUUGACAUCAACGGUGACCGUAUCGGCCUCACCAAGUCAGUGGACGUCGGCAUCCAGGGGGAUGCAGGCUUGGUAGCUGAGCAGCUGCUAGAGCAGCUGUCUCCGGAAGCCGGGAAGAGCGGCCGGGCGGAGCGGGAGGCUCUGGUGAAGGAGAAGAAGGCAGCCUGGGCCGCUGAACUGGAGAGCCUGGACCACGAGCAGGACGACGAGGGCACCACCUGGAACCAGCGCGCGCGCACGGCGGCGCCGGACUUCAUGUCUCCGCGCCAAGCCUGGCGCGCCAUCAUGCGCGUCAUGCCCGAGGAGGCGAUCAUGUCUUCAGACAUUGGCAACAACUGCGCCAUCGGCAACGCCUACCCCUCUUUUUCAUCGCCCCGAAAGUACCUGGCCCCGGGCCUCUUUGGGCCCUGCGGCUAUGGCUUCCCUUCCAUCCUGGGAGCCAAGGUUGGCAACCCCAACGUGCCGGUGGUGGGCUUCGCUGGGGAUGGCGCCUUCGGCAUCUCCGUGAACGAAAUCACCGCCUGCGGACGGGGCGAUUGGCCCCCAGUGACAAUGGUGGUCUUCCGGAACUUCCAGUGGGGCGCGGAGAAGCGCAAUACCACACUGUGGUACGAUGACAACUUUGUGGGCACUGAGCUCAACAAAGGCGUGGAGUACGCGGAGAUGGCCAGGGCCUGCGGUCUGAAGGGCGUGAAGGUGCAGUCGGUAGAGCAGCUGGAGCAGGCGUUGAGCUCAGCCAUCGAGGGCCAAAUGAAGCGGGGAGAGACCACCCUGGUGGAGGUGCUGCUGAACCAGGAGCUGGGCGAGCCCUUCCGCAGGGACGCCAUGAAGAGGCCGGUGCAGGUCGCACCCAUCAACGCCAGCGACAUGUGCGAGUGA